UCACAUUACAAAUUUUACAACCAAACGAGUCCUAAAAACUUUCUAAAAAGCUAAAGCAAAGGAUUCGCUAAGAAGCCACGAGUCCCUACUCCCUUCGACUCUACGACCUUGGUUAGUCCUUAGUCGGGACAAAUUGGCGGGAAAUUCCAUACACUCUCAAUUUAAGCAACCCCAUUUCCUCCUCCAAUUUCUAGGGUUUAUGUUCACUGUGAUAGAUGAUUAUUAGCAUUCCAUUCCCCAAAUUAUCAAUUUUAAUUAUUCAAUAGCAAUGCCGAUAUACAACAUCAGAGGAAUCAAUGUCGAUUUCCCCUACAAUGCUUACGAUUCCCAGAUCGAUUACAUGGAUAAAGUCAUUCAAUCACUUCAACAAAAAAGCAAUGCAUUGUUGGAGAGUCCAACAGGAACUGGGAAAACAUUGUGCCUUCUAUGUGCUACAUUGGCUUAUAGGGCAAGUUUGGGUCCUUUUUCUUCUGGUCUAUCUGUGAAUAAAAACGAGUCGUCAGAUAGCCAAUCAUCGCAGUCUGCUGGCUCAUUGCUGCCAAAAAUUGUAUAUACUUCUCGGACUCAUAGUCAGUUACGACAGGUGAUCCAGGAAUUGAAGAAAACAAAUUACAGACCGAAAAUGACUAUUUUAGGAUCUCGUGAACAACUUUGUAUUCAUGAUAAAGUCAAAUUUCUGAAAGGGAGAGCGCAAACCAAUGCUUGCUCUUUUGCUCGAAAACGACGGAGCAAACAUUAUUGUAAACAUCACAAGCUUACAACCGAUUUCGUCAAAAGCAAUCCUCACAUUGGAGAUGAACCUAUUGACAUCGAGGAUCUACUUAACGUUGGGAAAAGCUGUGGACCGUGCCCAUACUAUGUGUCACGUGAGCUGAUUAAAUCUGUUGACAUAUUGUUUGCUCCGUACAACUAUCUCAUUGAACGUGCAUAUAAAAAAUCCCUUGGAAUAGAGUGGAACAGCAGCAUAUUGAUAUUUGAUGAAGCUCAUAAUUUGGAAAGCAUAUGUUCUGAUGCAGCGUCUUUUGACUUGCCUUCUUCAUUGUUGUCUGCCUGCAUUUCUGAAGCAAAAAGCUGCAUUGACAUAUCUAUCCAAAGAAGAGAUAUAGAAAAGUCCAGUGACAAGAGCUCUAAUCCUGACAACUUUGCUAUCCUUAGAGCCCUUUUAUUGAAGCUUGAGAAGAGAAUAGCUGAAGUGCCAAUUGAGUCCAAGGAACUUGGUUUUACUAGACCAGGCCCUUAUAUUUAUGAAUUACUUGCUGAUUUAAAUGUCACCAGUAAGACUGUAAGCAUGCUCACUGGAAAUAUUGAAGAAGCUGUUCUGCUUCUUGAAGAAGAUGCCAAUGGAACUGAAAGUAAAGAGUCACAUGGAACCUCCUGCAAGUUAGAGACUUUGGGUGAUAUUCUGAAUAUGAUCUUUAGAGAUGGAGAUACUUCUCAUGCAAAGUAUUACCGUUUACAUGUUCAAGAGCGUACGGCAAGCGAUUUUGAUGCUAAUAAAGGUAAUGUGUCUGGUGCUAGGACACUCAGUUGGUGGUGCUUCAAUCCAGGAAUUAGCAUGGAAGACUUCUCCAGAAGAGGUGUUGGAUCAAUCAUUUUAACAUCAGGAACGUUGUCUCCCAUGGAUUCAUUUGCAUAUGAGUUGAAGCUGGAAUUCCCCAUACGAUUGGAGAAUCCUCAUGUUAUAUCGUCAAGUCAGAUCUGGGCCGGAGUUGUACCAGUGGGCCCAUCUAAUUAUUCUUUCAACUCUUCUUACCGGACUCGUGAUGUCUUAGAAUACAAACAGGAAUUGGGGAAUGCCAUAGUCAAUUUUGCUCGGAUAGUGCCCGAUGGCCUACUUGUAUUUUUCCCGUCAUACUAUAUCAUGGAAAAUUGUAUCAGUUGCUGGAAGGAUCAUUCUCGUGGAAAUUUGGCUAGUCAAAGUACUAUAUGGGAAAGAAUUUGCAAAUUUAAACAACCUGUGAUUGAACCUAGACAGUCUUCAUUAUUUUCUACAUCGAUUGAGGAUUUCACAUCCAAGUUAAAUAAUCCAUCUACAUCUGGAGCUGUGUUUUUUGCUGUUUGUCGUGGCAAGGUCAGUGAAGGAUUGGAUUUUGCAGAUCAAUAUGGGAGAGCUGUGAUUGUUACUGGAUUGCCAUUUGCCUUAAGAACAGAUCCUAAGGUCCGACUUAAACGUGAAUUUUUGGAUGAACAUGCACGGGAUCAAAAUACAGGUCAUAAGCCUCUAACAGGAGAAGCAUGGUAUGAUCAACAAGCUUCUCGGGCUGUAAAUCAGGCUGUUGGACGUGUAAUCCGUCAUCGGCAUGAUUAUGGAGCAAUAAUAUUCUGCGAUGAAAGGUUUGCAUCAUCACAUCGUCAGGCCCAAGUUUCACGUUGGAUACAGCCUCAUAUCCAGUGUUAUUCCAAAUUUGGGGAUGUUGUAUACUCCUUAACCCGGUUUUUUCGUGCUGGAGCUCAUCUUUCUGUAAAGGCUGAGCCUGUAGAAGCUGUUUACAACGGAAAGGCAUGCAGCGAAAAGGCCUCUCUUUCUCGUGACAAUUGUUGUUCAGAAAUGAAAUUCAAAACUGUGGCUGUGGAUGAAGACUGCUGUAUGGUGUCAUCAUCUGCCAGAAACAAUGCUGAGAGAGGCAAAAGUGAAAGGCAGCUAUAUGAAUUUCUUCCUGCUAAUCAAUCGUCCCUUGCGCGUCAAAAGCAAAUGCAACCGAGUAUCUUACUUGGGAGUGGAAGCAAGCUGCGUCCUUCUGGGACAAGUUAUAGGCAUUUGACCUCUGAAAUAGUUGACUUGACAAGUAAUGUUUCAUCUAAUCGAAAUCUAGAUGUUGAAUCGAUUGUUAGUUGCUCUUCUAAGAGAAAGGGAGUUCAUGAAUUGAAGCCUGACAAUACAGAGUACAAAAAGGCUCCUUGGGAGAUGACCUCUGGCAUCAAAGAAGUGAAAUUGAAAGACACUGUGCUAAGAAAUGGCUAUAUGGAAGAAGUAAAAUGUCCAAUUAGUUUGACUAAGAAAUUGAAAAGCAGCAUUGCUAGUCCUUCAAUAGAGGUUGGUGGUAAUAUGACUGCUCAAGCAACAUCUUCCAGCCAGGCAAAUCAGGGUACCCUUUCUUCAUCUUGCCAGAAUGAUGAAGCUAAGGGACAUAAUUUUUUAGCUCAGGUCCAACAGAAACUAAAUGAGUCGGAGUACAAAGAUUUUGUCGGUUAUUUGAAGGCACUGAAGUCAAAAACUAUGAAAAUCGGUUCUGUUUUGCAAUCUAUUGCAAAACUGUUUUCUGGGCAAGAAAGGCUUUCUCUUCUAAAAAGAUUCAAGCAAUAUAUCCCAGAGAAGUAUCAUACUUUGUAUGAGGAAUAUUGUAACUCAGUUGAUGGAACAGAUAAACCGUAAAUUGUAAGAAUAUCUGCUUGUUGAUAAUAUAUUAUUUAUAAACUGUUACCAUUUGAUUUAUGUCUACUGGAAUGAAGGAUUUGGCCAACGUUGAAGAAACUUAUUCCUUCCCUAUGUAAAUGUGCUAUACAUAGCUAAAAAACAUACAUAUCAUUAAGAAUUGCAUAGUCCUCUAUUUGAAAGACUAU